UGCCCCGCGCCGCACACGCGCGGCGCGCGGCGCGCCGCCUGGCCCCGGCCCCCGCCAGGCUCUGGGGGCGGCGGAUGGCGCCGGCGGCGGCAGGCCGCUGGCUCCCGCGGGCAGGGCCGCAGCGGGCCUAGGGGCUGCGGCUGCGUUCUCCUCCGCAACAUGCUGGCCGCCGCUUGGCUGGACAGGGCUUUAUGGGGGCUCCUCCGCGGCGCGGGGCAGAGGCGGCCCGCCGCCGGUGCGCGGCCGCUGCUCAGCCGAGUCGGGCCGGCCGGGAGGGGCGGCGGCGGAACGGGCGGCCGCCGCCACGGGAACGACGCCGUUUUCUGCCCGGGGGCUGCGGCGGGGCCCCCCCUGCGGCAGCAGCAGCACCGCCGGCUGCUGCGGCCGUCGGCCGCCGCCUGGCGCCUCCUCAGCGGCGGGGCCAGGGCGAGGAGCGGCGGGGCCGAGCCGCCGGAGUCCCCCCGGGAGCGGCGUGUGGCGGGGGCCUAUGCCGAGCUGUAUGAAAACCCCUGGACCAUCCCCAACAUCCUGUCAAUGGCAAGAAUGGGUCUGGCUCCAGUUUUGGGCUACUUGAUUGUUGAAGAGAACUUCAACAUUGCCCUGGGGGUCUUCGUCCUGGCCGGCGUGACGGACUUGCUGGAUGGAUUUAUUGCACGGAACUGGGCUAACCAGAAGUCAGCUCUGGGAAGUGCUCUUGAUCCCCUGGCUGAUAAAAUCCUCAUCAGCGUGCUCUACGUAAGCCUGACCUGUGCAAACCUGAUCCCAGUGCCCCUGACCUCCAUGAUCCUGCUGAGGGACGCAGCUCUCAUUGCUGCGGUGUUCUACGUGCGGUACAAAACUCUUUCUCCCCCGAGAACACUCAGUAGAUAUUUUAACCCCUGUUAUGCUACUGCCCAGUUAAAGCCAACAUUCAUUAGCAAGAUGAACACAGCAGUGCAGCUCAUGUUGGUGGCAGCUUCUUUAGCAGCUCCUGUCUUCAAUUAUGUGGACAGCAUCUACCUGCAGACCCUAUGGUGCAUCACAGCCUUCACCACGGUGAGCUCUGCUUACAGCUACUACCGCUACGGGCAGAAGACAGUUCAGGUGAUCAACAACAAGUGAAGUGCUCCUGAGAAGGAUCCCUUUGGAAAGAAGGUUGGGAUUGGAUCAAGGAACUUUGGCUGGGGUUGGGGACUGGUGGUUUGGUGUAUUUUUUUUUCCUCCCUUCACUUCCUUCCUCCUUUCCUGCUUUGAACCACGGCACUGCAAUGAAGCGAGGGUGGAGGUGUGUGUACAUAUAUACAGAGAGAUC